AUGUGUAUCGCUUUCUUCACUGUCACUCAACCUGGAUUCAAGCUUAUCCUAGCUUCGAAUAGAGACGAAUAUCUCGCACGACCUACUGCUCCUGCCCAAUGGCAUAACUUUUCUUCUCCCAACUCCAAUCCCGAAUUCAGCAACAGUGGAAAUGGAAACGAAGAACAGGGAUGGAUAUUAUCUGGGAUCGAUAAAGGUCCAACUAACGGUGGUACUUGGUUAGGUAUAACAAGAGAUUUGAGAAUUGGUAUUCUUACGAAUGUAAGACUUACACCUCCUACACCACCAUUGGAACCAUCACCUAAUCCACCUUCUCGUGGAUUAUUGCUGAAAGAAUUCCUUCUUUCUACCUCUCCAGCAACUUGCACUUCAACUUCAACACCAACAGACUCGAGUACACCAUCACCAUUAUCAGUGCAUGAUUAUUUAUCUUCACAUCUUUCUCAAGUAGGAGAAUAUGAAGGAUUCAAUUUACUUUUAUUCUCACUCAAGAAAUCGAUACGGGCAUUGCCUGAAAUUGGUUACCUCACAAAUAGACCUAUACCAUCUUUGAUCGAUCUGAAUCUGAAUCCAGGUCUAAAUGAGGAUGAUGACGAUAACGAUAACGAAAAAGACGUGAAAGAUAAUCUAGAAUGUGAAUGUUUGGGUAUAAGUAACUCACCAAUGAAUGAACCUUGGCCUAAAGUGAUUCAAGGUCGAAAUAGGAUGAAAGAGAAUAUAAAAGAAUGGAAAGAAAGAAAUGAAGAUGAUAAACGUUUGGUAGAAAGAAUGUUCAACGUUCUAUCACAAUCAAUACCAAUAAACAAAGAAUCAGAUUCCUUCUCAUCAACCCAAAUACCUUUGAUCACAAUCCCCUCACGCGAAACAGAGAACUUUCAUAAUCCAUCUGUAGAAGUGAAAGACCGGAAAGAAGACUCGGACUCGAAACUGGAACCAAAACCAAAAUGGUAUGGCACGAGAACGUCUACCAUCAUUCUCGUGAAAGAUAAUGGCGAAACGAUAUUCGUUGAGAGGGAUAUAUUAGAAUUAGACGCAGAAGGUAAUCCUAAGAAAGGAACAGGUGAAAGAUGGAUUGAAUUUCAAGCUGAUUUAAAAGAUUAA